CGCCCCAAGACCUUGGCUCUCCCUUCCCUCUGGCAGGAAGGAGAGGAAGGGCAAACUGGCUUUGGGAACCAGGUGAGCGCUUUUCUCGGCGAGAACGAGAAACGCCUCCCGCCGCACCACCCUGCCCCCCAGCGCCCACUCCGUUGGGAGGGACAGGAAGUCGAGGGAGUUCCCUCCGGCUGAGUGGCUGGCUUCCCAGUAGUCCGAAGGCCCCGGUGGCCGAGCGUGGGAGGUGCCACACCCCGCCCGGUGUCUCCUGGGAUGCGAGGAGGGAAGCGGCGGCCCAGUUGGACUGGCCUGCCGCAGGCUCGUUCGGGGUCCUCAGGUCGGAGCGCAGCGCGUCCUCGGAUCCCCGCACCCGCAAGCGUCUCCACGGCCCGGGUGUAGUGUGGGGAGUGCGGCUCUAAGGUUGGCCCUUGGCUGGGCACACCUAGUUGUGCCAUCCUCAGCCAAAGCCCACCAGAUCCAUCCUGUAAAGUCACACGCCUGAAUCUUCUUGAUUUGCCAGGAUGAACAGUCAAAAGAAACGAAAAGAUAUGGAACCUGCUUGCACCUGGAGCUUAUUGUCUGAACAGAAAGCUGCUUCAAGUUCUCUGGCUUCAUUUUCAUGGAAGGAGCUUACAGAUUACAGGAAAGUAUUUAGAAAACAUCUAAAAGAAAAAUACCUAAAAAAAGGAGUUGACAAAUGUUAUCACCAUGGCAAGCAUAUAGAGUCACGACUGCUUGUUGUAAAAGAACACUGUAUAUCAGAAAAGCCACCAUGCGGAAUUCCUCAACAAAAUAAUUUUAUUGAGAUGGAACAUAUAUUUGAUCCUGAUGAAGAGGGCUCCAGCUUAUCCCAAACUGUGGUGCUUCAGGGAUGUGCUGGGAUUGGGAAAACAGCUGUGGUGCAUAAGUUCAUGUUUGACUGGGCAGCAGGAAUGGUUACUCCAGGCAGAUUUGACUAUCUCAUCUAUGUAAACUGCAGAGAAAUAAGCCGUUUUGCUAACCUUAGCGCUGCUGACCUGAUCACUAACGCUUUUCAAGAUAUUGACGGACCAAUCCUGGAUGUUAUUCUUGUAUAUCCAGAGAAGCUUCUGUUCAUUCUUGAUGGAUUUCCUGAGCUUCAGUACCCUGUAGGUGACCAGGAAGAGGAUCUUAGUGCCAAUCCCCUGGAGAGGAAGCCAGUAGAGACCCUCUUAUGUAGUUUUGUGAGGAAAAAACUGUUUCCUGAAUCCUCCCUCCUGAUAACUGCCCGGCCUACAACCAUGAAGAAGCUUCACUCUCUGUUAAAACAAGCUACCCAGGCAGAGAUCCUGUGGUUUACAGAUGCUGAAAAGAGAGCAUAUUUCUUGAGUCAGUUUUCAGGUGCUAAUGCUGCAAUGAGAGUUUUUUAUGGUCUGCGAGAAAAUGAAGGCCUUGACAUUAUGUCUUCUCUUCCCAUCAUCUCCUGGAUGAUCUGCAGUGUCCUGCAGUCACAGGGAGAUGGUGACAGGACUCUUAUGAGAUCACUUCAAACCAUGACUGAUGUGUAUCUGUUCUACUUUUCCAAGUGCCUCAAAACCCUUACAGGCAUCUCGGUGUGGAAGGGACAGAGUUGCCUGUGGGGCCUUUGCUCUUUGGCUGCAGAGGGACUGCAGAACCAGCAGGUCCUGUUUGAAAUCAGUGACCUCAGAAGACAUGGGAUAGGAGUGUAUGAUACCAACUGCACUUUUCUCAAUCACUUUUUGAAAAAAGUUGAAGGAGGUGUCAGUGUCUAUACUUUCCUUCACUUCAGUUUCCAAGAGUUCCUGACUGCUGUGUUCUAUGCCCUGAAGAAUGACAGCAGCUGGAUGUUUUUUGAUCAAGUGGGGAAAACGUGGCAAGAAAUAUUCCAGCAAUAUGGGAAAGGAUUUUCAUCAUUAACAAUACAGUUCUUAUUUGGCCUCUUACAUAAAGGAAAGGGAAAGUCUGUGGAAACUACUUUUGGGAGAAAAGUCUCUCCAGGACUUCGAGAGGAGUUAUUGAAGUGGACUGAGAAAGAAAUAAAGGAUAAAUCUUCUAGGUUACAGAUUGAGCCAAUGGACUUGUUUCACUGUUUGUAUGAGAUUCAGGAAGAAGAAUAUGCAAAAAGGAUAAUUGAUGAUUUAGGGUCAAUUAUACUGCUUCAACCUACCUAUACAAAAAUGGACAUUCUGGCUAUGUCAUUCUGUGUAAAAAGCAGUCAUAGUCACCUGUCAGUGUCUCUGAAGUGUCAGCAUCUACUUGGAUUUGAGGAGGAAGAUCAAGCUUCAGCAUUCAUGCCACCAACCUUGACACUUAAUCAGCCCUUCCAGCUGCGUAAUUUGCCAGUCUCUCCACUACACUUGCUCUGCCAAGCACUGCGUAACCCAUACUGUAAAGUCAAAGACCUGAAACUGAUUUUCUGCCACCUCACAGCUUCUUAUGGCAGAGACCUCGCCUUAGUAUUUGAAACCAACCAAUAUCUGACAGAUUUGGAAUUUGUGAAGAAUACCCUGGAAGAUUCCGGAAUGAAGCUUCUGUGUGAAGGAUUAAAACAGCCAAACUGUAUCUUACAGACAUUGAGGUUGUACCGAUGCCUUAUCUCUCCUGCUUCUUGUGGUGCGCUAGCAGCUGUUCUCAGCACCAAUCAGUGGCUCACUGAGCUGGAAUUUAGUGAAACAAAACUGGAAGCUUCAGCUUUGAAAUUGCUCUGUGAAGGCUUAAAAGAUCCAAAUUGCAAAGUACAGAAGCUCAAGUUGUGUGCUAGCUUUCUCCCUGGAAGCUCAGAGACUGUUUGCAGAUAUCUUGCCUCUGUUCUCAUUUGCAAUCCAAGCCUCACUGAGCUGGACCUGAGUGAAAAUCCCCUGGGGGACACAGGGGUGAAGUAUCUUUGUGAGGGUCUCAGACAUUCCAACUGUAAAGUAGAGAAGCUAGACUUGAGCACAUGUUACCUAACAGAUGCUAGCUGUGUGGAGCUCUCUUCUUUCUUGCAAGUGAGUCAGACUUUAAAAGAGCUGUUUGUGUUUGCCAAUGCCCUGGGGGACACAGGAGUACAGCAUCUCUGUGAAGGUCUGCGGCAUGCAAAUGGUAUAAUCGAGAAUCUUGUGCUUUCCGAAUGUUCCCUCUCUGCAGCUUGUUGUGAGUCCCUCGCCCAAGUCCUGAGCUCUACCCGGAGCCUGACAAGGCUGCUUCUCAUUAAUAACAAAAUUGAAGAUUUGGGACUGAAAUUGCUGUGUAAAGGAUUAAAACAGCCUGACUGUCAGUUAAAGGAUCUGGCACUGUGGACCUGUCACCUGACUGGAGAGUGUUGUCAGGAUUUGUGCAAUGCACUGUACACCAAUGAACACCUACGAGUUCUUGACCUCAGUGACAAUGCCUUAGGGGACGAGGGCAUGCAGGUGCUGUGUGAAGGGCUGAAACACCCCUCCUGCAAGCUACAGACCUUGUGGCUAGCAGAAUGUCAUCUCACAGAUGCAUGCUGUGGAGCCCUCGCCUCUGUCCUCAACAGAAAUGAGAACCUAACGUUGCUAGACUUAAGUGGAAAUGACAUUAAGGAUUUCGGAGUUCAAAUGCUGUGUGAUGCACUGAUUCAUCCAAUAUGUAAACUACAAACGUUCUAGCCAACCUUCAAACCCUUGUAAUUUGUCAAUCUACAAGUUGAUAGCAGUGUGCAAUAGUGGCUCAAAAUACAAAAUAAAGGACACACGCACACACAGUAGACACCAUUCACUGACCUCAAAUAAAUUUUGAACAUUAGAGUGUAUAUAAGACAGAUAACACUGAAAUCAAUAGAAAUAUAUACUUGCCCAAGUAAAGUGAGAGGAAACUGUUGAUCAUUUAACGUGGUGGUGGGCUAGAGAGGGCAUAAAUCCAGGAGAGCCUCCUAAAAGGGGAGUCUUGUCUGAGAAUCGGAAAGGCUGAAGGAAGAAGGUUGUUUUCUAAGAGCUGCUUCAGUAUGAGGUCUGAAUCUUAUUCCUCAUUGUAUUUUCCCCAUAAACUUUCUAGUUCAGUGCUUUGCAUUUAGUAAAAGCAUAUAGGAAACCAGUUAUUAAUUUAGAGCAUCUGGGGGCAAGGCAAGGAGACAGUUCAAUAAAGACUAGGUAUCUAGACCUUGAGAAGAUUGAGGGGGAAAAAGAGGUUGUGGCCUCAGAGUGACAAGUGCUCACCUUCACUCAUUCUACAAGCACUUGCUGAAUAUCUGCUAUGUGCUGAGCAAAUGUGCCAGGUGCUGGGAGACAAGAAUGAGUAAGAUGAGAGACGUGAUUCGUACUCUUUAGGGACCAGUGAACUUAGUGGUAGAGACAGGCACAUAAACUUACGAAUGCAGUAGGGUAAUCAUGAAAUCUUAAGGGAACCAUGGCAGGAGACAACUCACCCAGCCCAGGAGGCUCGGGGAAAGAUUCCUGGAGGAAGGGCCACCUGAGUUGAGUCUCGGGACUAUAGCCAGGGAAAUGGGGGUAAGGAUGGAGAAGGGUAGUCCAUGCUCAGGAGAUAGCAUAAGCAAAGGUAGACAGACAAUAAGCAGCAUGUUUUGUGGUACUUGAGGGGGAUAGAGGUGGGAAACCUCUAGGAAGUUCGCUAUUGUUAGAGCAUAAAGUGCAAAGCAGAAUGUGUCAAGAAAUGAGACUGAGGGGGUAGGCAAGGCCUUGUAUGCCAUGUGUGAUUAGUAAGAUCUGUUUGCAGAGUUCCGGGUUCGAAUUCAGUUGUCACCCUUUUCUUUCACAUAUCUGAGUAGUAGUACAUUUGGGGGCCUUUCCUCACCUUUCCAAAACUGGUUCCAAAGAUGGAGCCAGUUUUGCUUCCAAAGCUGGUUGGAGAAUCAGUCCACUGCUACUGCUGUUUCUUACUGCCACGUGGGGCUCAUCUUGAGAACCGAUGAUCCUACCCAGUCCCACAGAAGCUUGGUGACUGGAUGGUGAUACCCUGGCUGGUGUGGAUCCCUCCCAGCCCUGCAGUGCCGUUAUACUUGGACUCCGAGGUUACAUAUAUUUUAGUCCACACCCAAAUGUGCAGUCAUUGUUCUCUAAAGUACCAUAUGUGUCAGAGUGUCUGGGUCUAGAAGAGCUCUUUGAAUCAGCCACAGGUAUGUAUGCGUGAAGCCAGUCCUUGCCCACAAAGAUGUACGCCCCUGAGUUGAGUCAGGAGCCCCACUUAAGCCUUCUUCUUUCUUCAAGAUAUUUUAUUUUUGGUGCCUUGGUGCCUUUCCCAGGCACUGGGCCUUGGUUAAAGCCCCCUAGAUCACCCUGACAAAUGUUCCUAAUUCUAAAUUUGGAAAGAAGGGGUUGAGAGUAGGUGGUCUCUUAACUCCCGGAAGACCUCCAGGCUUCCUAAGCAUAUUGACUUGCCUCUUCUCCAGCAGUGAGUUAUACAUGUCAGGAGGUAAGACAGCUUUUGCUAAGUCAUUCAAAAAAUUCUAAAGUUCUUGUUACACUUCCAUGGCAUUAAAUGUCUACUUACCCUACAAUUGCAUAACUAGCAGGGCUACUCAUUUCACUUUGCUAGAUAAAGAUUAGCUUCUAUCUAUUAAAAACUAAAAACUGUACCUCACUACACACUUGAAAGAGUUUAUACCUUCUUUUGUAGUCAAAUACGUUUUAAUCAGGGAUACACAUGUGGAGUUUGAAGUGCCUGCAGGACAUUGUGGGAAGUUUUCUAGUAGGUAACAGUUGGAUAUAGGAGUGUUUCCUGGAGGUGAUAGCUGAAGCCAUGGCAAUGGAUGAGAUCCUCUAGGGAGAAUGAGAAGAGAAGAACCUCUGAGGAACAUCUCUUGGGAAUUAGACCUGGGCAGUACCAACUUUUAAGAGGUGGGUAUGGAAAGGAAAACCCAUGGAGAAAACCAAGAGAGAAAGGUGUCCUGGAAGCUAUGGAAGAAGUGAGUUUCAAGGAGGAAUUGCUCAACAGUGUCAAAUGCAGCAGAGAUUUCCAAAAUGAUGAGUACUGCAAAGUGUCCUUUGGAUUUACCAAUUAGGAGGCCAUAGGUGACCUUGUCAGGGGCUGUUUAGUGGUGUGAUGGGGCUGGAAACCAGAUUGCAGUGACUUGAGAAGAUGGAAGAUAAAGAAGUGGAGAAGGAGUGGAGACUACUUUUUCAAGAUUUUUGUGAAAAGGAGAAGAAAUGUGGGGUUGUAGGCUGGGGAGGGAUUGUUCGUUUUCUUUUUUGUCUUGUUUUUUUAGGAUAGGCAAAUUUGUAAGCUGAGAGAAAGGAGCCCAAAGAGAGGGAGAGGAUAUAGAUACAGGAUCAGGGACAGAUGGACUCAUGGAGCAGGGCCUUGGACAAUUGCAGGGAGGGAUAGGAGUGAGAGUUCAAGAGGAAGUUAAGCAUUUUCUCUUUUGAGAUCCGAGGCAGGGAGUUAAGGCUGAGGGAGAAGGUAGAUAACUGGAGUGGAUGAAGUAACUGAGUGGUGGUGUGGUGCAAGUGUGAAUAGGAAUCUUAUCCUUAAGAACAGGAAAGAAAGGUACUGAAGGCAUCUGUUGGCUUGACUUGACACAAGUUUCUUUUCAUUUUUCAUAGCAUUGACACGGAUCAUUUACAUGAAGAAACAUUCAGAAAAAUAGAAGCUUUAAAAAUGAGCAAGCCUGGAAUCACCUGGUAGUUUCCAAGGAGAGCCCCUGAAUCAGCUGCAUAUAGACCUCCUCUGUCUGGCACCAUCUCUAACAGUUGUGCAGUAUUCUUGUUCUAAACCUGUUAACCUUUGCUGAGGACGCUCGUGUGAAACAAGCAGCAGUGAUUGCUAUUUCUUACAUAGACCCAUCCACUAAAUAGGAUGUAAAAGGUGGAAGCACCUUAGUUGAAAUGUCUUCAGCAAUAAUACCUUACAUUCUUAUAUUGUGUUAAAAUGUUUACUGUGUUUUUACAAAAACCUUCCAAGGUCGGAAGAUGAGGCUCAGAGAGGUUGUGACGAGCUCCAAGUCACACAGCUCAGUGGGAGAGUUGGGACUAGCAUCCAGCCAGGUUUCUCAAUACUCAGACAGGGCAGGGAAACAAUAGAAAAAAAGACAUGUGAAGGAGUCCACUUAAAGAGACAAGAUACCUGAAAUAAUUAAAGAACAAGAGGGUGGACAAACACAUGUUAUAUAUUAUGGUGCUGAUUUUAAGUAAAACUGUAAUUCACAAAAGAAAGUGAGAGGAAUGAGUUGGGUUAAUAGGUAAAGGCUUCAUCGAGGUGAGACUUAAUGUGGGCAUUGAGAAUGAAUAGGAUUAAGAUGCGGGGAGAUAUACUGGCCAGUGGCUAUAAGACUGCAGGCAAAAGGGCUAUGUUUGUGAGCAGCUCACCAGAAGCACCUAGGGAGAGAGAAAUACUUGCAUUAGAGUUUCUUGAGCUGCCACAAUAUUCAUAUCCUAGGCUCCUGAGGGUGCUCUCCAGUUCCCAGGCUCCACUCCCUUUCUGAACUUUUAAUACCUCCCCCAUGUGUUUGUUCUUGUUCAUACUCUUAUGACUGACUCACUACUCAUCCCUCACAGUGUAUUCCAUAGCCUAGCAUGGAUCCUGCACAACCCCAUGUUUCUAUCUCUGCCUGGCUUCCACAAAACACUAGAUGAGACAAGUGGAGAAAGGGAGUGCCAGGCAAGGAAAAUAGCACAGAGCCUGUGGGACCGACAGAAAAGCAGGCUGACCUGAUUAAGGUGUAGAGCUGUCUCUGGAAGCUACUUACUAGCUGUGUGACCCUGAAUAAGUCACUUGGAUUCUUGGAGCCUCAGUUUUCUAAUCUAUAAAGUGGGGGUAAAUUGACAUUAACCUUGCAGGGCUGUUGUUCCCAGCAUGGUGCCUAUCCCACAGUAGGUACUGAUUAAUGGUAGCUGUAUGUAUGAGUGUGUUUAUAGUUGAGCUGUGUAGUCUUUGAGCCCCCAGACUGUGUAGGCAGUGUGAACUGUGCAUUUGAACUAAAUGUGUGUGCUGGAGGUGGUGAAUCUAGUGGGGGAAGAGACACACAGUGGAAAGUUAUUGCAGGCGAGAGGUCCAGCUCUCCAUGUCCUCAUCUAUCAUCAGGUAUUGUUCCCUGCUGCCCUGGGAGGUGGUAACUCUCAGAGACCCGGUUUGGCCUGAGAAGAAUGGUCAAGGUAGCAGUUUGUUUCCCGUUUUCUCAAGUUCUUCUUUCCCUUUAGUUAUUUAACACUUAUUUAUUGAGGAUUUAUUAUGUGCCAGGUUUUGUGCUAAGUGUUGGCUUUACAGAGGUGAAUAUACCUUUUUCUGUGCACUUUCCUUACUGUGUUCUCUGACUGCCCUGGUCCCUCUGUCAGUCUGGUGAACAUCUGAUAAAAUUCAGUCACGUUAAGGACUCAAAGAUAUAACGUUAAAUGAAAAAUUGCAGAACCCUGUGUAUGUGUGUGUGUGUGCAUGUGUGCGUGUGUGUGCGUGUGUGUGUGCGUGUGUGUGUGUGUCCUGUUUGUGUACAAAAGGAUAAAUAUGCAUGUGUAUGUAUGUGUCCAGGGUAUGUAAGGAAGGAUAUAUACAAGAAAUUGCUAACCGAAGUUACCUCUGGCAAGAGGAAGUUGGCAAGCAGGGGUACUGGGAGAACACGAAAGGAACUUUUCAUUUUCAUCUAUAGCCUUCUGUUUUACUUGUUUUUUACCAUGUGCAUGUAUUACGUUUAUAAUUAAUAAACUUGAUGUUAAAAAUAAAACUUAUUCAUA